AUGGAAGAAUUUAUUCCCCGACCACUGCUGGAAAUACACAACAAGUCAUCGAUUGAUAAUGUCUUUAUUGUUGGGUUGAGGAUCCACCAAAGCUAUAGAUUCGUCCUCUUCUGCUUCUUCAUGGUCACCUACGCCCUGACUUUUUCUUGCAAUUUUUUGAUCAUCUUGUUGGUGUUCUUCUCUAAACUAUCACGUUCUCCGAUGUAUGUUCUCCUCUCCAAUCUGUCAAUAGCAGAGAUCUUGCUUACAAGCAACAUCGUUCCUCCCAUGCUCCAUAUUUUACUCAGAAACGGCACAUACUUUUCUCUGAUUGGCUGUUUCACACAGUUCUUCCUAUUUGGUGUGUUUCUAGUCACAGAAAGUUUCCUCCUCUCGGCAAUGUCUUACGAUAGGUUUUUGGCGAUCUGCAAACCUCUUCAUUACAGACUGAUUAUGGGCCCUGGGUUGUGUAUAUGUCUGAUCCUGGUCUGCUGGGCUUUGUCAACCCUGCUCAUGUCCAUUGCUUUAGGAUUUGUGACAACAUUAGAUUUUUGUAGAGACAAUAUUAUUGACCAUUUCUAUUGUGAUGUUAUUCCAAUACUGAAGCUGUCUUGUUCUGACACGUCCAGCGUGGAAAUGGUUGUGUCUUCCCUUUCAUCUGCAGCCACUAUGGUGCCUCUCCUUGCAAUCAUAGCUACUUACGUGUUCAUCAUCAGAGCCAUCAACAGGAUCUCAUCAUCCAAGGGGAAAGAGAAAGCUUUCUCCACCUGCAGUUCCCACCUGGGAGUCGUCUCUACAUACUAUGCCACCAUGAUUAUGGUCUAUGUGGUUUCACCUAGUCGUUUUGUGAUAAUGAACAAAGUUUUUUCUCUGCUUUAUACGGUGAUCACCCCUCUGGUGAACCCCUUUAUUUAUACCCUGAGAAACCAAGAUAUCAAUGCAGCUAUAAGACAAACCUUGACAUCCCUGACCAGACCCUAG